AUGAUAUCACCCGAACGUCGCUGUUCAACGCCUUGCGGGGCCGCUGGGCGCCCGCUCUCUCGCUGCUGUCGAACAAGGGCCCGGCGAACAUCAUCACUGUGGGCGCUGCGCUCCAUGCCAUCCGCCGCUGGCCAUGGAGCUUGCAGCUGCUGCAGCGACUGCCGGAGACCGGGUGACCCAAAAAAAGUGGGAGAAGUCGGUCCAGAAAUCAUGAAACAGUGGGAGAAUUAUCGAAUUAUUAUGGGAUCUCCCAGUAACCAUAGGUUAAUUAACCUGUGUAAACAUCCAUUAACCAGCUGGUUGGUGGGAGAAUUACCCGUAAACUAA